AUGGCCAGCAAUAUCCUGUUCCUCCCGUUCCGGCGCUCGCACUCUGUGAAUCUCACCGACGCCAUCAAGCAGUACAUAUCCUCCAAAUAUGACCAGCAUCCCGACAUGUUCACCAAAGACCUCGAGACUAUCGAGAAGCUGCGGUCCGUCGCCACCCACGCCCAAGAACCCCACCCGAGCAACAUCCCGAAGCUGCAGCAGUACGCCGCCCAGCUGAUAUGGCUGAGCGGAAAGUUCCCCAUCGACAUCGGCGUAGAGUUUCCCUGGUAUCCUGCGCUGGGAUACAACACGAGCCGCCCGACAUCGCGCAACAACCUCCGCUUCGAACUCGCAAACAUCAUGUUCAACCUCGCGGCCAUGUACUCCCAGCUGGCCAUGUCGUCGAACCGGAGCACACCAGACGGGCUGAAGAUGGCAGCCAACAACUUUUGCCUCGCAGCCGGAGUCUUGUCGCACUUGAGGAAUACUAUUCUGCCGGAGCUGCGGACAGAGCCACCCGAAGACAUGGACCUCAUGACCCUCGAGUGCUUGGAAAAGCUCAUGCUGGCUCAAGGACAGGAGUGCUUCUGGCAGAAGGCUGUCAAGGACGGGAUGAAAGACGCGACCAUCGCCAAACUAGCCGCCCGCGUAUCCGAUCUAUACAACGAGGCGGGAGACGCAGGCAUACAAUCGGACGCUAUCAGCAGCGAGUGGAUACAUCAUAUGACGGCGAAACACCACCACUUUGCGGCUGCUGCACAAUACCGCGCAGCCUGCGAUUCUCUCGAGAAGCGCAAGUAUGGCGAGGAGGUUGCGCGGCUACGCGACAGCCUUACGUGCGUCAACGAGGCCCUCAAGGAGCAGCGCUACAUCAACAAAGUUGUGCUUGCAGAUCUCAAUGGCUUGAAGAACCGGAUAACGGAGGACCUGAAGCGGGCCGAGAAGGACAAUGACAUGAUCUACCUGCUACCUGUACCACCAAAGGCAGAGCUUAAAAUCCUCGAUCGGGCCAACAUGGUAGUCUCGAGAGUUCCCAAGGAGAUAGCCGAGUCCAAUUCGAUGCUGGGAGAACGCGGCGAGCUUGGCCCAGCACUCUUCUCCAAGCUGGUGCCGUACUCAGUACAUCUGGCUGCUAGCAUCUACGUAGACCGCCGAGAUCGAUUAGUCAAUGGUACCAUCGUAGAAGAGCUAGAGUCAUUGACAAAUAAGAUUCACGAGGUACUACGCAGCUUAAACCUGCCUGGCUCCUUGCAGGCUCUUGAGAAGCCACUAGGACUUCCCCCUGGUCUUGUCGCACACGCUGAGGAGAUCCGUCAACAAGAUGGCAUCAACCGUCUCUUGCGCUCAAUGGAGGAUACGAAAAAGCUCAUGUACACCGACCAGGCUAUAUAUCAAGAAGGUGUCGAUAUCCUGAGGUCCGAAGCGACAGAGGACGAAGGCGCACGACGCAAGUUUGGCACAGAACGCUGGACACGACCACCUGCAGAGCAAGCAGCGCCUAAGCUCUAUGCCCAGAUCAACGAAAUCGACGGCUACUUCAAGGCUGCUACUAACAGUGAUAAUAUUGUAAAGACGAAGUUGAAGGAGAAUGAGCACUUCAUACGACUGCUCAGUGGACCAGAUCACGAACUCGAAAACUAUGUCCCGAGCGGCCGGAGACCUGCCAUCACUGGUGAUGUCGAGCGCGAGGCCGGCAAGCUUCGUGGCAGCUUCAAUGAAGUCAGCAGGCUCGAGAGUAGGCGACGGCGGAAGAUUGAGGCCUUGCGCACAAAGGCGAAGCAAGACGACAUAAAUCCGGAGCUGUUGCGCGAAGCUGCUCGCUUAGAACGGGAGUACCCUAUGCAGACAAUCGAGGCUGUGCAGUUUGAAGGGCUUUUCGACAAGCGUCUUCAGAUGUACGAUGCCGACCAAGAUAUGAUCCAAGAAGAAGAGAAGGAGCAGGCCGAAGCUAUCAAGCGGCUGCAAGACGCAAACGCGGCGUUUUUGAUCGCUCGUCGUGGCGAUCAAUCCACCAAAAAGCGUGAGCAAGCGUUGCAAAAUCUAGAAAACGCAUACUUCAAGUACAAGGAGAUCAUCUCGAAUCUCGACGUUGGGCGAAAGUUUUACAAUGACUUAGCUAAGAUCGUAAAUCGUUUUCGGGAUGAGGCGCGCACUUUUGCUUACAAUCGCAAGUCAGAAGCGUCACAUCUAGAAAGCGAUCUCACUACUCGAAUGAGCUCCCUCGGCCUCCAGCAAGCAACAACAAACUCAUUACAUCAGCAGAAAGCGGCAGAUGCACAAAACCCACAUUAUGGUGCGACUGCACAUGCGGAAGAACCUCUGGCAGCCCCAACUCCCACGAGAGCAAAUGUACCCCCGCCGUCUGGUAUGUGGACACCAGAAGUUGGAAUCCGGUUUGGUGGGGUGCCUACAUCAUCCGGGAACGCUCGACCUUCUGCUGGUCCUCCACAAGAUGGGCGGUGGGACCCUGCACAAGGCCUAAAGUUUGGGUAG